AUGAACUGGGGGUCCCUGCAGGGCCUCCUGAGUGGGGUCAACAAGUACUCCACGGCGCUGGGCCGCAUCUGGCUGUCAGUGGUGUUCAUCUUCCGCGUGCUGGUGUUCGUGGUGGCGGCAGAGGACGUGUGGGAUGACGAACAGAAGGACUUUGUCUGCAACACCAAGCAGCCGGGCUGCCCCAACGUCUGCUAUGACCAGUUCUUCCCUGUGUCCCACGUGCGCCUCUGGGCCCUGCAGCUCAUCCUGGUCACCUGCCCCUCGCUGCUGGUGGUCAUGCACGUGGCCUACCGCGAGGAGCGGGAGCGGAGGCACCGCCUGAAACAUGGACCCAAUGCCCCGUCCCUGUAUGACAACCCCACCAAGAAGCGGGGUGGGCUCUGGUGGACAUACUUGCUGAGUCUCCUCUUCAAGGCCGCCGUGGACUCGGGCUUCCUCUACACCUUCCACCGCCUCUACCAGGGGCAUUACGACAUGCCCCGAGUAGUGGCCUGCUCCGAGUCACCCUGCCCCCACACUGUGGACUGCUACAUCUCCCGACCCACCGAGAAGAAGGUCUUCACCUACUUCAUGGUGGCCACAGCUGUGAUCUGCAUCCUGCUCAACCUCAGCGAGGUAACCUACCUGGUGGGCAAGAGGUGCCUGGAGAUCGUCGGCCCCAGGCACCGUCGGUCUCGGCGCCAGAGUCGCCUACAUGAUUCAUGCCCACCAUAUGCCCUCUCCCAGGGAGAGCACCCCCAAGACGGGAACUCUGUCCUAAUGAAGGCCAGCUCGGCCGCAUUGGACACAGGUGGGUAUCCGUGA